AUGAUUGACGUUAUUUCGUGUUCGGUCAUCGGACUGUUAAGCUCCGUGUACGUAUUGUACGCGGCAGUCUUUCUGUCGAUCGCCUACUACUUUAUGACGUCCACCCACGACAAAUGGCGCAAACUGAACGUGCCCCACACAAACCCCUUACCGCUGUUUGGCAACUCGAUGAACCUGGUCUUGGCCAGGGAGCACCCGAUGGACUUUUUCAGCGGUCUUUACAACCGUUUCCCGGACGAAAAGCUUUGCGGUUUCUUUCAGAUGACCACGCCGUUCUUGAUGAUCCGUGAUCCGGAGCUGAUCAACAACAUAAUGGUCAGAGAUUUCUCGUACUUUACAGACCACGGUAUCGAUACUGACCCAUCGGUGAACAUCUUGGCCAACAGCCUGUUCUUGUUGAAUGGCGAUCGGUGGAGAACGAUGAGGCAGAAGCUCAGCCCCGGGUUCACCUCGGGCAAACUGAAGGACACGCAUGACCAAAUCAAGGAGUGCACCGACCAGCUACUUGACAUCAUCGACGACAAUCUGAAAGUUAGCGAUCACUUCGAAAUACGAGAGUUGGUUGGAAACUUCUCGAUGGAUGUCAUCGGCAUGUCGGCUUUCGGUCUGAAAUUGGACACAAUAAAAAACAAAAAUCAGGACUUCCGCAAGUUCGGCAAGAAAAUAUUUCAGUCGGACUUCAAACAGCUCUUAAUCCAGGCUAUGCUGUUGUUUUGUCCAAAACUGGUGUUGUUGCUUAAGCUGAAACAGUUUCCGGACGACGCCGCUGAUUUUUAUGGAUCCAUGUUCAGGGACGUCCUCGAGUAUAGGGAAAGGAACAAAGUCAUCAGGAACGACGUCACGCAAACCCUGAUACAGGCCAAGAAAGAUUUAGUGACAAAUAACGACGCAGACGACUCGACAUCCGAAAACAAGUGGACCGAAAUGGACAUAGUCGCAAACGCGAUACUGAUGUUUGUCGCUGGUGCCGAAACAGUCUCUAUCACGACAUGCUUUUGUUUGUACCAUUUGGCAUUAAACAAAGACAUCCAAGACAAACUGCGCGAAGAGAUAGUAACGACAAAUGCGAAACACGGUGGACAGCUGAACAACGACUAUUUGACCAAUCUCCAUUACAUGAAUAUGGUUUUGGAGGAAAUCUCGCGCAUGUAUUCCAUCACCAUGAUCUUAUUCAGACAAGCGACGAAGAAUUACGAAGUACCCGGUCAGUCGUUGGUCAUUGAAAAAGGACAAAAGAUCAUCAUACCAACGUAUUCCAUACAUAAUGACCCGAAAUAUUACCCCAAUCCCGGCACUUUUGAUCCUGAAAGGUUUUCGACUGAAGAAAAAGCCAAACGACUUAAUGGCACUUACAUUCCGUUUGGCGACGGGCCGAGAAUGUGCAUAGGUAGACGGUUUGCGGAACUAGAAAUGAAAUUGGUUCUAUCAAAAAUAUUGUUGAAAUAUGAAGUCUUACCGUGUGAAAAAACAGAAGUACCUCUCAACAUACGAGGUGCGGGAAGUAUCGUCAAUCCGAAAAACGGUAUUUGGUUGAGCUUUAAACCGAUAGUCACAAAUUAG